AUGGAAGAGCAUAUUUUAAGAAUAAUCAUACUGGGAACCAUUUCAUGGACAACAGCGUUUCAACUCUUUAGAAAGCUCUUGCCAAAGCGACCUUUUGAAUUUUGCAAUCGCCUUGUUUCUACGGUCCAUGCAACUUUAGCUGUUACGCUAGCUUCUCACUCUGUUGAAAACUGGACAUGCCCAGUUUGUCCUCUGGCUUCAAAACCUUCACCCAGUCAGAUGCAAGCCUUGGCAGUUUCCCUUUCUUAUCUCAUUUACGAUCUGAUCUGUUGUCAAUUCGACAAGCGCGUCACUCUUGAUAACACAAUACACCAUUUGGUUAGCAUUGUUGGGAUAGGAGCAGCGCUUGCCUAUGGGAAGUGUGGAUCAGAAAUGAUUGCAGCCCUAUUCAUAACAGAGAUCUCUAGCCCUUUCCUUCACUUGAGAGAACUUCUCAAGGAGCUUGGUUACAGAGACACUGACCUUAAUUUGGCAGCUGACAUCUCAUUUGCAGUUAUAUUCUCCUUCGCAAGAAUGGUUUUUGGGCCCUACCUUACUUGGCUAACUCUUACUGCCAACAAUCCUCUCAUUAUCAAGGCAAUGGCAGUGGGAUUGCAGCUGGUCAGUGCUUAUUGGUUCUACAGGAUUGCCAGGAUGGUGUACUACAAGCUAAGCAGACGGGCUGCUUCUAAUAACCUUUGUCCACACUGA